GGGGGCGGGGCGCGCAGCGUGAGGCGGCAGGCACGUGAGGCGAGCGCGAGGCGGGGCGCGGCGCGCGGCGUGAGAGGGGGCGGGGCGCGUAUCGGCGCCGCGGCCGCGUGACGCGUUUUCAAAUCUUCAACCGCCGCAGCCGACACGUUUGUGCUCUGCGCCUUCCUCCUCCGCGCCUUGGAGCCGGAUCCAGCCCCGGAAACCCUGCCCGCAGACGCGGCACCUCUACUGCGUGGAGGCGGUGGCCGGCGGAAGGGGAGAGAGGGCCGUCCUGUCAACAGGCCGGGAGAAGCCGUGUUUUCGCGGCCGCCCGGCGCGACCCCCUAUCCGGACCCAGCAUGUAGGUGCCGGGCGGCUGCCAUGAACCCCGGAGCCAUGAGGAUCCACAGCAAAGGACAUUUCCAGGGUGGAAUCCAAGCCAAAAAUGAAAAAAAUAGACCGUCUUUGAAAUCUCUGAAAACUGACAACCAACCAGAAAAAUCCAAAUAUAAGCCACUUUGGGGGAAAGUGUUUUACCUUGACUUACCUUCUGUCACCGUAUCUGAAAAACUGCAAAAGGACAUUAAGGAUCUGGGAGGGCGAGUUGAAGAAUUUCUCAGCAAAGAUAUCAGUUAUCUUAUUUCAAAUAAAAAGGAAGCUAAAUUUGCACAAACCUUGGGUCGAAUCUCUCCUGUACCAAGUCCAGAAUCUGCAUUUACUGCAGAAACCACUUCACCUCAUCCCAGCCACGAUGGAAGUUCAUUUAAGUCACCAGACACAGUGUGUUUAAGCAGAGGAAAACUAUUAGUUGAAAAAGCUAUCAAGGACCAUGAUUUUAUUCCUUCAAAUAGUAUACUAUCAAAUGCCUUAUCAUGGGGAGUAAAAAUUCUUCAUAUUGAUGACAUCAGAUACUACAUUGAACAAAAGAAAAAAGAGUUGUAUUUACUGAAGAAAUCAAGUACUUCUGUAAAAGAUGUGGGGAAAAAAGUUGGUAUUGGCACACAAAAAACAAGAACAGGAAGACUCACAAAGCCUUUUGUAAAGGUGGAAGAUACAAACCAACUUUAUAGGCCAUUUUAUCUUCAGCUGACCAAUAUGCCUUUUAUAAAUUAUUCUAUUCAGAAGCCUUGCAGCCCAUUUGAUGUAGAUAAGCCAUCUAGCAUCCAAAACCAAACUCAGGUUAAACUAAGAAUCCAAACAGAUGAUGAUAAAUGUGGUGCAACUCCAAUCCAACUCCAGUUGAAAGAGAAGAAAAAAAAGGGAUAUUGUGAAUGUUGCUUGCAGAAAUAUGAAGAUCUCGAAACUCACCUUCUAAGUGAGCAACACAGAAACUUUGCACAGAGUAACCAGUAUCAAGUUGUUGAUGACGUUGUAUCUAAGUUAGUUUUUGACUUUAUGGAAUAUGAAAGAGACACACCUAAAAAAAAGAGAAUAAAAUACAGUGUUGGAUCACCUUCUCCCAUUUCUGCAAAUGUCCUGAAAAAGACUGAACCAAAAGGAAAACUAGAAUUGCAAUGUAUUUCUCAGAAGGACUUCAGGGAAAAUAUACAGGUGAUGGAGCAGAAUUUCCUAUGUAAAGAGACCCAGGAUCCUGGACAAAAGCUUAUGUUCAUUUCAGAUUCCAUCCCCUCCCCUUCAAAUGAACUGAGAGGACCAAAUGAGAAAACAGUGAAUAAAUGUUCCAUGUUAAAUCCAGUUGAAAGUGACAUAAAACAGAAUUUUACACACCUACCUCCAUAUAAAAAUAAACAGGAAUGCAAUCUUGAAAUUUCUGAACAUAAAUUAAUUAUAAGUGAAAAUGACUUAGAAGAACUAAGAGUAGAUGCCUGUCCUUACAGUCUGCAGACAUCUAUGCAUGUUUCUAAUCUCAACAUGGAUAAUAGUGCAUCACAACUAAAGCAAAGGUCAGAUACUAUACUUUUUCCAGCAAAGGAUCUGAAGGGAAAGGACCUUCAUUCAAUAUUUGGUCAUGAAUCUGGUCUGAUAACAAUAAACAGUUCACAAGAGCACCUGACAAUUCAGGCAAAGACUCUAUCUCAUAGUCCUGAGGAACCCAAUGAAUGUGACAUCAAGAAUAUAGAUAGUUUACCUUCUGGUAAAAUCCAUCGAAAAGUGAAAAUAUUAUUAGGACGAAAUAAAAAAGAAAAUCUGGAACCAAAUACUGAAUUAGAUAAGAAAAGAACUGAAUUUCUUAUUACACAAGAAGAAAACAGAAUUUGUAGUUCACCAGUACAAUCUUUACUGGACUUGUUUCAGACUAGUGAAGAGAAAUCAGAAUUUUUGGGUUUUACAAGCUACACCGAAAACAGUGAUAUAUGCAAUGUUUUAGAUAUUUGGGAAGAAGAAAAUUCAAAUGAUCUGUUUUCAAUGCUUUUCUCUUCCCCUUCGACUUCUACAUUUACUGGCUUUUAGACCUUAAAAAAUGCUUUUCAGAAGUGACGAGGAUCAUAUUCUUGAAAUUUUUAUAAAUAUGUAUAAAAAUUCUUAGGAUUUUUUUGCCAACUUUGUUUACAGAACCAAAUGUAAAUAUUAACAAUAAAGGUAAUGUUUGCAAUUUUCUACAGAAUUGAGUAUUUUUAUAUAAAACUUAAGGAAUAAACGUGUGACUUGUCUUAUUCUACAU